AUGAUGAAAAAAGCUAUAAAGAAGUGCCUCGACUUCCGGAUAACCAGGAUUCUAGAAUUUAUUCCUCCAGGAAGUCUGCUGCUGCUGGAGAGAGUUCGGAAAGGUAAAGAUGCAACUGGUGCUUCUCUGAUGCGGUGGCUUCGGAAUCGUCGUUAUGGCGCAAUCCAAAAAGGGAUACAGUUCGUGUUUCUGCAUCGCCUCACCAUCGAGAUGUUAUGCGAGGAAGGUGUGAAGAAAAAAAGUGAUGAGAAAGUGGUCAAAUUCGAUGGAGAAUAUCAAAAAUUACUAACGAAACAGAGGCGAAUCCUGGCAACGGUUAUGGAGCAGAAAGCUAAGUUGUUACCGGCUCCGAAACCUACACCUGCGAAAAGCGCAGCCAGUGAAAUGGAAGUUUUGCAAACACAAAUGGACGAUGAUGAGGAUCGAAAAGUAAAGAGUCUAGAUACAGCUGAAGAACUAACGAAAGCUGUGGAAGAUAAAGUCACAAGUCAAGUGACUAUGGUGGAAUGCUUUAACGAGAAGGAAGAUCUGCCAUUUUCUGAUUAUGCAGAAUUUCUGUGA